AUGUUUAGAUUCAAUGUCAUUGUGAAACACUUUAGUAUUGAUGCACAUGAACCAACACGUUUUUCCACAUGGCACAGUGACUAUUUGGACUCUUAUCUUGGAGUGACUUGGACCCACCCCCGACGCACAUGGCUCAUGAUGGCUGACAGUGGAGGUCUAGAUCGAGUACUAGAUGGAGAUGAUAAAGAAGUCUUUCGAGGAUUUCUAAUGAAGAAUCAUUUAGGAGAGAUGAUAUCAAUCUUGGAGGCAUCAGAUCCAACAUUGUUCUACUCGUUAUCCAUUGACUGCAGUAAGUUGGCUAACUGUAUGAUUGGAUUGUGGGAGAAGUUGUACAAGAGUCCGUUAGACACUUUGCCAAUUUUGAAUCAAGUACUUAAGAAAACUCUUAAACUACUUGCUAGUACUAAAGAAGGCACUGAUAUUAUAUUGAAGGAUAACGUUGAAGUGAGAGUUCAUAAUCUUCCAUCAUUUGAGGAAUAUACCAGAGAUAGAGUGCCAUUAGCAUCUGACGUAGGGAAAUUUCUAUCUUUUAAUGGAACAGUUGUGAGAACGUCUAGUGUUAAGUUAUUGGAGAAGAGUAAAUGUUAUAAAUGUGAAAAGUGUGGUGAAGUAUUCUCAGUUGAGACGGAAUUUGAACAAUGUUAUACUAUACCAAAACCCAGCAGGUACAUAAAUACUUUUAUAUGA